AGUUUGAAGCUGAAGACACGCCGCGCAGUCCCCGCGUGGCGGGCUUCCACCGCACGAUCUGCGUGGACGUUGCGUGUACUCCCGCUGCCGUGCGAGGCCACGGUAGCCGGCGCGAUCGGUGCCACCUUCACGUUGACGGCCACGGUUGUUGUGGCUGCAGUGCUAUAGGCACCGCUUCCGCUCGACAGCUUUCGCGGUUCGCUCAGGCAUAGAUGCUGCGUCGGCGACGGCGACAGGACACUUCGUGGCUGUCCCUGUCGAGAGGGAAUAUUAUCGAUGAACGCACAACGUCCCCUCGAGUCGUUCAGCCAAAUCUCCAUCGCAGUCUGAGGACGCACGGCUCCCGCGGCGAGCUUCCACCCAUCGAUCGUCGCCUGCGUGUCCCCCGCAUCACCACUUCGGACUAGGCGCAUGACCCCGCGGUCUCCCAAUCUUUCAUGGCCCCAGCCUAAUCCUACCAAACUCGCCGUCUGUCCUCUACCGCACCCAGAUCUGAUUCCCCCCGCUCUGCACGAGCCGAUCUGCGGGCUCCCCCUCCCGGCCGAUUGGCCCAAUGUCGUAGGCGUAUCGUGUCGCCCGCCGCCAGCGAGCGAUCCGCUGCCCGGCUACUCAGUCCACGUCCAAAUAUACACGUGCGUGGUUUGUGUCGAGUCUCACCCCGUCCCCUUUUGUCGCGUCCGUAGCCUGUUUCGGGCGGCGACGCCUUCAGGUGGCGCCAUCGAUGUGAUUGCGAGUGAUGUCAAUCGGACGUCUGUGCGGCGUGGCGGUGGACGAGUUUGCGAGCCUCGCAGCGAAGCUGCCCCAAGAGUGUUGUGAAAUCCGGAUGGACGCGGACGGGUGGGUUCGUUCUACGACGGAUGUUUUAGUGCGUGAGAAGGUCUGGUCACUGGUAUCGUAGGACCGUGACUGGGAGACCGGUGUCCCAGCGCAAGGCACGGUAUGCCCGUCGCAGUUGGCAUGCCAUAUCCACCCAUCGAUAUCCAUUCAGUCCCAUUCACGCAGCGUGAUGAGAAGCCUAAUUGACUGGCCCGGGCGUGCCAGUGGAGUCACUAGUCACGGUGCCAGUUUGGCUGGGAUGCGUGUCAGUCAGGGCGUCGCCCAUGCUGGACGUCGCCUCUUCGCUGACUAUCCGCUCCUGAGUCAGCGCUCGCGGAGGAUUGGGUGCGAACGACACCCAGGGUUCCAUUCCAAUUAUCCG